AUGGAGUGCUUUAUAUAGCCACAGUUAUCCAGGAAGAAGGAAUGCCCUGCAUGCCAGUGACCAUAUUUGAACAGUGUGUCUGUUACAGGCAGACUGCAGGCUGCAAACCGUACACACUCAAACGCUCACCUCCCCUUCAUCUUCACACUCUGUGCAUGUGUGUGUGUGUGUGUGUGUGUGUGUGUGUCUAUGCUCUAUGUUGUAGUUACACCGGAUCACCACUAUCAGGCAAUGUAAUACCUUGUCUAUUAGUGACAGAGGGGGCUUCGACUUUUCCUGACUCACAGGGAGCAAACUUCUCUCUCUCUCUUUCCAGCACUUUCUAGUUUCUUCUCUCUGACAAUCUGUUCUGCUGACUGACAACAUCCACGCUGGAGGAAACCACUCCGCCUCUCUUUAUUUCUUUCCCUUCACUCGCCCUGUGCUGAUUCUUGUCUACUUGUAUAUACUUUUGGACCAGCGCUUGGUGGUUGGAGUGUGCAAGCUGUUUUUUUUUUUUUUUUUUUAUAGCUGUGUGUGUGUGUGUGUGUGUAUGAGUGUGUUUGUGUGCGCGUGAGUCAGUAUGCAAUGUCGUCCCCUGGCUCGUCGUUUGUGCAGAUAAAGCAUGAGGACCUGCUCUUUUAUGAGAACUGUGGAGGAGGCAGCUUUGGGAGCGUCUACAGAGCCCUCUGGAUUUCCCAGGACAAGGAAGUGGCUGUGAAGAAACUUCUGAAGAUUGACAAAGAGGCUGAGAUUCUUAGUGUCCUGAGUCAUAAGAACAUCAUUCAGUUUUAUGGAGCUGUGCUGGAAUCUCCCAACUAUGGCAUUGUCACAGAAUAUGCUAGUGAAGGGUCUCUGUAUGAGUAUCUUUCCAGUGAGCAGAGUGAGGAGAUGGACAUGGAGCAGAUCAUGACGUGGGCCAUACAGAUAGCCAAAGGGAUGCAUUACCUCCAUGCAGAAGCUCCAGUCAAAGUCAUUCACAGAGACCUCAAGUCACGGAACGUGGUAAUGACAGCAGACAAAGUGCUGAAGAUUUGUGACUUCGGGGCGUCUAAGUUCCUGUCCCAUACCACCCAUAUGACGGUGGUGGGCACUUUUCCCUGGAUGGCUCCUGAAGUCAUCCAGAGCCUGCCUGUCUCAGAGACCUGUGAUACUUACUCCUAUGGUGUGGUGUUGUGGGAGAUGCUGACUCGGGAGGUUCCUUUCAAAGGUUUCGAGGGGCUGCAGGUUGCAUGGCUGGUGGUGGAAAAACAAGAGAGGCUGACCAUCCCCACCAGCUGUCCAGCAAGUUUUGCAGAGCUGAUGAGGAAAUGUUGGCAAGCAGACCCAAAGGAGCGUCCACAGUUCAAACAGGUGCUGGUAACCCUGGAGACCAUGGCCAACGACAGCAGGCUACCGGACCAGUGUAACUCCUUUUUACAUAACAAGGACCAGUGGAGGUGUGAAAUCGAGUCGACCCUGGAGCGCCUUCGGAAGCUGGAGAGGGAGCUUUACUCCAAAGAGAAGGAGCUGGAGGAAAGGGAGAGGAGGCUCAGACUGUGGGAAGAGAGGCUCAUGGAGAGGUCCAACAUGACUCCCAGUCCAACCUCCCUACUCAUGGAGCGAUCAAACAUCUCACCGUUCUUCACACCGAUGUCCAUCGGCUCCUCCGGCUCUUUCUUCCGCUCGCACUCUCAGGACUCCAACAGCACAGGGGUCAGCAGUGCUGGGGUCAGCAGUGCUGGCGUCAGCUGUCUCCUCCGCACCCUCAGCAACGGAGACACGGAGAGGGGGAGCAGUGCGGUGCUGGAGAGGGGGAUGGGUUCGCUCGACAGCGGGAGGCUGCACGCCAUGCUCCGAGGGUUGCAGGGCAGGUUCGGCGAGGAGGACGAGGAAGAGGAAGGAACCCUGGAGGAGAAAAGCUGGGGGCAGAGGGAGAGGGAUGACAGUGGGAGUAUGGAGGGAGGAAGGGUGCAGGUGACACUCAGGAGCUUCCCAGGCGGUGUGGUGGAGAGGGAGGAGAGGACGUGGGAGGAGGGGGACAGGGAGAGAGGAGGGAGGCAGAGGAGCAGGGUGACCACCAUAGUCCGGGGAUACUCAGGCGGUUUCGGAGAGGCGGAAGGGGAGCGGGAGAAGGAGGGAGGAGGAUGGGAGAUAGAAAAGAUGGGAGACAGGCUAGACGAGAGGGGGAUGGAGGGAGGGAUAGAAGGAGGGAGGCUGCCGACCAUGUUCAAGGGUCUCCACGGGAGUUUGGGGGGCAUGCUGUCCUUAGACAUGAAUGAUAUGGGGGAGAUGGAGAGACUGGGUGACAUGGACAUGGACAUGGGUGACAUGGGAGUGAUGAAGGUCGUAGGUCACGGCGUCAGGAGUGAGGUGGGGGUCAGGGGUCGCAGGAGUGACAUGGGAGUUGUGGUCCAGGGAGUGAGAGGUGACGUCAGCGAGGCCAUCAGCCAAAAGAUUAGAGGUGAGGUAGGGGUCAUCGGUCACUCAGGGGUGCAGGUGAGCAUGCGGUCUUCGUCCAAUCAGAACUCUGUGAAGAGCUGCAGUGUGCGACACGGAACCAAGAUCAACAUGGCUACAGCCGCCAUGGACAUGAUGGAGCUCGAUUGGUCUGACAGUGACUAGAAAACACACAGGCACACACACACACACGCACAGAAAACACACAUAGGAAAACACACACAGAGGCCAAACUAGAAAGGUUUCGUUGGCACAUACAGUAUCUGAGCUACAGUAUGUGCAUUAGGAUCUCCAGUUGAAAAUGAGCUGGUAUACACACAUUUCUUUUGUUAAAUUUUUUUUUUUAUUGAAUGGAUGAAUACUACACCCAUGUGUACUGUGAAGUAGGAAGGAGCAAAAAGACAAUGAAGAGGUUGUCUCGUCAUGUUGUUAGAAUGACUUCACCUGUGUAAUUUAAUGUGCUAUUAAAAACUGCUGCAUAACAUACUGUCAGAGGUAUGCCGCUCUAAUGAAGCAGCACUUUUUCUCUCUCCCUGCUUAUAAAGAAUCUUGUAGUUUAUAGAUUUGAUUUGUUCAAAACAAGCUUUGACUUUUAUCAGUUCUGUGACCUAGUGUGUGAAUCUUUGGCAUUUCUUUCUGUAUAUUUUAUCAUUUUUCAAUAAAAAGAAAAAGUCUGAUUUCAUUCCUGUGAUUUUGCACCAUUAGAGUUAGCCUCCCUCCUCCGGUACAUCUAUAUAUUGCAGUAUAUGUAAACUUAGGGGAUGCUGCUAUUUCCCCAAAUAGUAACACAUCUACCUUUUCCAAUAAAAUCAAAUCGCUCU